AUGUUAAAAGAAAAAGAAACGUGUUCCAACCAAACACUUGAAAAUCUGUCUUUAGAUAUUGAACAAUAUGAAAAGAAAUUAAUCAAAAUAACAGAAGAUAUUCAAGCUCAAGCAGAAAAAACUCGACAUACAACCGAAGAAAUGAAACGUCAUUCAGAAUUUGUAUUUGGUGUUAAAGAUCUCGAGACGUCAUAUAGGGCUGAUACAGCAAAUCAAAUUGCACAGUUAAAUUCAAAGAUUGGUGUGGUAUGCAAACUUCUACAACAAAGAUUAACAUCAGUUGAUAAUUUGAUUCAAAUUUUUAAUCAAAAUAUUUCAACGCAAGAUCAACAACUAAAAGAGAAUGACCCGGACGAGCGCUCACAGUCUGCAUUGUCUUUAACUACAGACGAUGAAUGUAAGGAUUUUGAAGACCGAUUUGAACCUCCUGUUUCAAAAUGCGUACAUGUGACCGGUUUACCGAAAUAUGCUUCUGAAGCAGACUUAACUAAAGCAGUACGGCGUUUUGGAAAAGUCAACACAAUUUUUAGGAUACCAAGUAAAAAAAACCAAGCUAUAGUUGAGUUUGAGGAUUUUAAUCAAGCAAAACAUUGUGUGGAAUAUUGCAGGCAGAGAAACUCGAUUAAUGUUGCGGGAAAGCCAGCAUUCUUUAAUUUCUCAAGAAAAGAGCACGAGAGACCAGCCCAAGAAGAAAAUGAUCGCCGUCCCAGUCGUAUAUUGCUCUUCACGAUUCUCAACCCAAAGUAUCCUAUCACUGUCGAUGUUAUGCACGCAAUUAGUUCCUAUUAUGGUCAAAUUCAAAAAAUUAUUAUACUCAAGAAAAAAGAAGUUCAGGCUAUGGUGGAGUUCGACAAUGUUGAAUCUGCAAAGCAAGCAAAACACCAUUUAAAUGGGGUAGACAUUUAUGCAGGAUGCUGUUCCCUGAAAGUUGAAUAUGCCAAACGACCCAAUUAG